AUGGCAAACGAAGCACGAAUAGCCGCGGUGUUGAAAUCAGCUCGGGAAAACUUAGACACUGGGCGUAGAUACCACGAUGUUAUUUGUGCUAUGGUAGGCCUUUCAACUUCGGCAGACGAGUCCAUCGUCUUUGAGGCGAUUGAUGGUCUUAUUGCCGUCGACGUGCAUCGCUCGACCGAAGCUAUUUUUAAAAAUUUCCAUCUGUUCGUAGCGGUGUUGAAAGCGAAAGGCGUGGUUAGAGAAUCUGACAUGAGUAGUCGUGAGCAAGCCUCAAAGAUGGCGAAAGAAGCUUUCAUCGACCGUCGUUACUGCGACGUGAUCCACGGAUUGGCAACAGUGUACAACUACGACGGAGAUUUGCCUGCCACGGAUUGGGCAAAGGUCUAUCUAUUUAUGCCAAAUUUGAUCCAAGAGCACAGCGAGAUGAUGACGUCAUCGACAAACCCGAUUUUCCGAGAUCUCGAUUUGGGUUCGCCGAUUUCUCCGGUGAGGGAUCACAAUUCUCGCGGCGGCGGAACCGAUAACCGGCGUUUUACCCACCCGAAACAUUUUGGAAACCGGAACCGCCACACGCGCCUCCGUUAG